AUGAGUUCCAGGACGGAUUCAUCGAGUUUGAAUGGAAAUCAGAGACCUACAGCGAAAAGAUCGCCAUCGAUUUUAGUCACAGAUGCGAGAAGUACAACGUUAAAGGGAGCCCGAGCACCCUUUGCAGGCCACAACUAUAAAAAGCAGCAACAACAGCAACAAAAGCAACAGGGGUAUCCUCCAAAACAAAGUUUACAACAGAGAUUAUUACCGUCAAGAUCAAAUAAAUAUACCGAUAUUUCUGUGGAUAAAUUAUUAAGUAAUUCGAGUGAUAUUCCAUCAGGACAGAGGAGACUUCCACCGGUACUAUCCAAUAAUGGCAGAAACGUCAAUUCACUCGGAUCUUCUAAUAGAAGCAUGUCACCACCUCCAGGACAAGUGCAGAUGCCGAAUAUGUACAUGGAACUGGGACUGCUGCGGAAAAACAUGAGAAGCAUUCCUAAAUUGUCGCAAUCAUUACCAUCAAGAACAUCGAAGACUUCACAGAAGUUAGUGUUAAUUCCAGACCAACAACGUUACAAUUCGUCACCACCACCGCAACCACAAGCACAACAGCCAUUAUUAUCAUCAUCAUCAAGCGUAACUCCUGAUUUACAAGCUCAAAUACAAAGGUCCAGAGCUGAGCUUAUGCCUAAGGAAGCAAGGGCACAUGAAUUUAGCCGUAUGACGGCUUAUUUCAUCUGCGAUCAGUUUAAUUUAAUACCUGUAUCAAACUUUUUGAAAGAGAACCAUGAAGUGAAGCCUCGUCUAUACGACGAAGCACUUUACAUACCGUAUUCGUUACCAUUAUUACCGGGUGGCGAUGGAUUCAGAGUGAAAUCUAACAAUUCGGCAAAGCUACUUCCCAAGAAAAGAUAUAUGGAAAAAUUGAUAAAUAGAAGUGAACAAACAGACCAUUUAUAUGAAUACUAUUCAGGGGUCGAAACUCCUGAAGACGCUAAUAAUUAUUCGAUGGAUCCUGAGCUAGAGACAUUUGACAGUAACGCUCCAUUUGACCCUUCCGAACCGCAAUUUUUUGCACCACCCUUGGAGUCAGAAGAGAAUGAAAGUGAUGGCAGUGGCAAUAGUGAUAAAGAAUCAAAACCAAAUAGUUCAAGACCUGAAUCUCCGGUACGUAAAAUCAAUAAUAACAGAGAUACUCAAGCAUCUAAUGAUGAUUCUGAUAAAUCGCUGCAUUAUAGCAGUGCAGCACAAGUAGAAUUAUCUAAACAUCAUGCUGAAAUGUUCAUUUUCAGAUACGGGAUAGUGGUAUUUUGGAAUUUUUCUGAAAUACACGAAAAGAACAUCUUAGCAGACCUUGCAUUUGCAUCUGAUAAGCCCCAACCACUAUUGGUAAAUCCGAUUCACGAGCAGGAUAUAGAAACUGAAGAAUUUCAUUUCGAAUAUGAUGACCAAAUCCACAGACCAAGAAUAUAUAAUGACAUGAUUACGUUAAGAUCUGGUGACCAUCUUAUCAAACUUACCAUGUCCCACGCAAUUGCACAACUGACAAAGUUGUGUCUAUUUGAGAGUAGAAUGGUGAAUAGUUUACAACUGAUUUCAAAGUUGCCCAAGAAAUUAGCUUUGACGGGUAGACUAGGGUUAAAGAGACAGCAAUUAUUGAAAAAGUCAGGAAAACUUUUUAAACUACGUGUCGACGUAAAUCUUUCCAGUUCAAUUCUAGAUACCCCGGACUUCUUUUGGUCUUUUGAACCUGCAUUACAUCCUUUGUAUACCGGUGUUCGUGAAUAUUUAGAGAUCGACCAAAGAGUUCAAGUCUUAAAUGAUAGAUGUAAGGUUUUCUUGGAAUUCCUGGACAUCGUUAGUGAUAGUAUGAACGAAAAGAACACUAAUAGAAUAACAUGGAUGAUUAUAGUUAUCAUAUUUAUGAGCUUAUCAGUUAGUGUCUUCGAAUUUAUAUUGCAAAUUAUAUAG